CAGUUAAGAUAUCAGACGUGUUGCAAUGGUGGUUUACAUUUAAUUUAUCAAAUAAUUAUUAAACAACAUGAUAUUCGUAUUUCAUCAUCUGAACUAUUUUGAUAUACGAGUAAUUCAAAUCAAUCCAUAACAUUUCAUCUUGAACUCGAAUAUAGAAGACCGGUUCAUCAUUGAAAGCAAAUAAAACAAAUCGUGAAAUUUAAGAGUAGUGCUCUCAGAAGUGUGUAGUUUGAAUCUUCAGUAUGAUGUCUACGCCAAGAGAUAUCAAAAAUGCGGAAAAUGGAAAAGAAGGACACCCUGCCAGUCCAUUGCCUAGUCCUCCUGAUCAACCUAAGCUAAUGCCUGGAGGAAACUACAUUCAAACAGGACGAGACUCGGCUAAAAGCACCUGCUUGAUUUUUGCCCCCCAUGACGAUGAAUGUGGAAUAUUAGCUAAAUUCUUGAAGAUCUUCAUGAAAAAUGACGUGAAUCUUUUACACAUAGAAUCAAGACCGUCCGCAAGAUUACCCGGGCGAUAUGAAUUUAUGGUUGAAUGUGCACCAAGUGGUGACAUUGCAUCAGCAAUAUUAGAUGUCAAAGAUAUGAGCGACUACCUCAAUAUUAUAUCCAGAGAUUACAGAGAUAAUAAAGAUAGUGUACCCUGGUUUCCAAGGAGAAUAAGAGAUCUGGACAAAUUCGCUAACCAGAUCUUAUCGUAUGGGGCAGAACUAGAUGCUGAUCAUCCAGGAUUUACGGAUCCCGUAUACAGAAAAAGGAGAAAGUAUUUCGCUGACAUCGCUUACAAUUACAAACACGGAGAACCUUUACCGAGAGUUGAGUAUACGAAGGAAGAAAUUGAGACCUGGGGAAAGGUAUUCAGGCAGCUGACUGCCCUUUAUCCCACACAUGCCUGUAAAGAACACAAUCACGUUUUUCCUCUCCUUGUACAGAACUGUGGAUAUAGAGAAGAUAACAUACCGCAACUUGAAGAUAUAACAAAUUUUCUCAUGGACUGCACAGGCUUCAGAUUGCGUCCAGUGGCGGGACUGCUUUCUUCGAGAGAUUUCCUGGCUGGAUUAGCAUUCAGAGUAUUCCAUUCGACACAAUAUAUACGACAUCCAAGUAAACCAUUUUACACACCAGAACCUGAUGUCUGCCAUGAAUUGCUGGGACAUGUACCACUUUUCGCUGAUCCCGCUUUUGCUCAAUUUUCACAAGAAAUAGGUCUGGCUUCCCUUGGAGCUCCAGAUGAUUAUAUAGAGAGACUGGCUACGUGCUUCUGGUUCACUGUGGAGUACGGCCUUUGCCGAGAAUACAACGAAAUAAAAGCCUACGGUGCUGGUCUUCUAUCAUCCUAUGGCGAGCUUCAAUAUGCAUUAGAAGGAAAAGCUGAAAUUAGGCCAUUUGAACCAGAGAAGACGGGAGUGCAGAAAUACCCAAUAACUGAAUAUCAACCAGUUUAUUACGUUGCAGAGAGCUUCGACGAUGCUAAGGAGAAAUUGAUCAAGUACGCUGCAACAAUUCCUAGGUCGUUUAGUGUGCGAUACAAUGCCUACACUCAAAGUAUUGAAGUUCUCGAUUCGAAGCCACAGGUGGAAAUGUUACUUGGUAAUAUAGUGAAUGAGUUAUCGAUACUGAACGAUGCCCUCAAAAAAUUGUGAAUUUAUAUUUUUAGGUAUACAGAGUAUCUUCGAAUAUUUGAUGUACGUAUAAUAUGAAUGAAUACAUGUUAAGUUUUUGUAGAAAUUGUUAUGUUACGGUAGAUUAAAUUAUGUAGAAAGUCGAAA